UAGUUUGGUGAAUGAGAAAGUGAGCCGAGCCAGAGACAGAGAGGGUAACAAGGAUGGCUUUGAGAGCUGCAAUUCUUCGCCACAUUCGGGUCCCUGCUCGAACCCUAGCCCUAGAUGGAUCGAGGAUGCAGGCAUGGAAUCUCUUCAACUCCAUUCGGUCUAUGUCCUCUCACGAUGAUCAUAUCGACAAGGCAGAAGUGAUCGAGAGAGUUCUCUCCGUCGUCAAGAGCUUCCCCAAGGUUGAUCCUUCGAAGGUGACUCCUGAUGUCCAUUUCCAAAAGGAUUUAGGUUUGGAUAGCUUGGACAAUGUUGAGAUUGUAAUGGCUAUAGAAGAGGAGUUCAAACUGGAGAUUCCAGAUAAGGAGGCAGAUAAGAUAGACUCGUGUAAACUUGCCAUUGAAUACGUUUAUAAUCAUCCAAUGGUUGGCUAGUUUUCUUCAGGAGAGCGGGUUAAUUUCCUUUUUUUUAUCUUUGAUCUCAUUUCAUGAUUUAAGAUUCCCUUUGGAACACAACAGUUGAGAAAAUGCUGCUUUUUGUCUAACUUUGUUCUGUGGUUAAAAUCUGAUCUUUGUAAUGGUAAAAAUAAUUUCCAUCUGAUUCAGCAAGAGAUGUUGUUGGUCAAAGUUAUUGAAAAACUGCAAGGUUUCUUAAAUUUCUAUGCUUCUCUGUGUAAACAAACAUUCCACUCUGCUUUCUGCUUAGUUGUUGGGAUUCCAUGGUUUCCCUAUCUAGAAGUUA